AUGGACGCUGAAACCCUCGAUCGAAAGAUUCGUGAACAAGUUGAAUUUUACUUUAGUGAUAGCAACUUGCCAAAGGAUAAAUUCUUGAGAAGUCUUGUGGCCAAUAAUCCUGAAGGAUAUGUUGAAUUAAAGACCAUUGCUUCCUUCAACAGAAUGAAACAACUUACCACCGAUAUGGACGUGAUUGUUUCUGCAAUCAAGAAGAGUGCCAUGCUUGAAGUUGAUUCAGAGGGUAAGCUCGUCCGUAGAAUUACUGCUCUCCCUGAGAAUGAUACCACCGUUGCUCGUAGUUUGUAUGCCAAAGGAUUCCCUCUCGAUGAGAAAAUCACCAAUUUGGACACUGUCAAGACUUUCUUUGAUGCUUUCGGAAAGGUCAUGUGUGUCAGAAUGAGAAGAGAAAAGAAUGGAACCUUCAAGGGAUCAGUAUUUGUGGAAUUUGACUCGGAAUCCACUGUCAAUUCGUUGGCUGGAAAAACUGAUCUCAAGUUCAGACCUGAGGAUGAACCUCUUCUUGUUGAGUCUAAACAAGCUUACUUUGAAAGAAAGAAGAAGGAACGUGAAUCAUCAAAGGCCAAGGCUGCUCAAGAUAAAAAGCAAGAAGAAAUCGAUAACAUGAAGAAUGAAUUGAAACAAAACUCUUUUUUAUAUAUUGAAGGUAUUGCAGCUGAUGAGAAGUUUGGAUUUGCUGACUUUUCCAAGAAAUUGCCAGUCAAUAAGAAGAAUGGAUUGAAGUUUGUUGAUUACCCAUUAAGUGGUGACAAGACAAAGGCUGUUCUCCGAUUGGAAAAUAAGGAAAUUUUCGAUAACGUCAAGAAACAAUUCGACGAAGGAAAGAUUGAACUUCCUGGAACCAUCUCUGUAAAAGAGUUGCCACAAGAAGAAUUGGAAAAGUACAUUGAUGAAACCGUACAAGCUAAGUUUUCUGAGCAAGGAAAUACUCACAAGAGAAAGGGAGCUCGAGGCAAGCAAACUAAUAGAAAGAAGAAGACCAAGACUGACUAA